CCGAGCGCCGCGUCGCUGGUGCCGAGCAACGAGUGAACCGAGCCGAGUCGCCGUAGGGAGCUGAAGCCGAGCAUCGGAGGGAGCUGGAGCUGAGCUGCCGGAGGGAGCUGGAGCUGAGCGGCCGAAGGGAGCUGGGGCUGAGCUGCCGGAGACCAGCUAGAGUUGAGCCGCCGGAGGGAGCUGGAGCUGAGCUGCCGGAGGGAGCUGGGACUGGGCCUCUGGAGACUAGCUGGAGCCAAGCCAUCAGGGGGCGGCCAGAGCUGAGCAGCCGGAGGGGAGCCACACGGCUGACGGCCGCCUGAGGGCAGCGCCUCGACAGCGGGGCUGCGGGCGGUACCGGACGAGCCCAACAGCACGAGAGGCGCCCGCGGUCACGUCCGGUCAUGUCUUCAACAAAUACCACCGACCGUGCUGCGGAGGCGGCGCAAGAGCCAAAGAAGCCCAUCGAGAAGGUAGUCUUCGUGCGCUUCGAGAUCAGCUCGGAAGAGGAGAGCACCGCCGAGAGUUCGGACGAGGACGAGGGGGCGAUCCCGGCCGAGGAGCGAUCACCCUCGCCGGCGCGGCCCAGCCCUCCGCGCGGCUCCGUCAGCCCGCGUCCCGGCGAGCGGCCGGCUGCGCCACGUCCGCCGCCAGCCAUGCCGGUCGAGGCCGAGCAGGUGCCUUGGCGCAGGCCCAAGCUAAAGCGGGUUGAGCGCAAGGGCUCGGCCACUCCGCAGCCGCCGGCCGAGGCACCGCCGCCCUGGGCGGACGACGCCAAGAAGCGACUCGGCGAUGUCCCGGUGCCGCUGCAGAAGCAGGCGGCGUCAGCCAGCAAGCCGGCUUGGGCCGGCAAGCAGAUUGACGUGGACAUGCUGGAGGACCUGGAGAAAAAGCACCAGGAGCGAAUUCCGGCUACACCGGCCCAGCCGGACUGGACGGUGAAAAAGAUGGACGCCGCUGCACUCGGCCGGCUGGAACGGGCCAACCGACUGGACAAGAUGGCCAGCUUCGACAAGGCGCCGCCCGACUGGGCCGACAAGCGCAAGUCGCUCGACUUCAGCAAGCUGCAGGAGCUGGAUGCGAAGGCAAAGGCAGAGCAGGUGGCGGAGCCGAAGCCGGUACCUUGGGAGGGAGUGCAGCUGGUGCCCCCUCCUCCGCCGCCACCACCACCACCGCCGCCAAGACCCCCGCCGCCACCGCCGCUGCCCGGUAAACAGCCGAUGUCGGAAGGGCAGAAACAGCGCCUGGAGAAGCUGAAGAAGACGCCACGCCGGCGCCCUGACUGGAGCACGAUGAUGAAGGAGAUCGGUCAGCCUCGCAAGAUGAAGCACGUCGAGUGUAAUGAUCGCAGUGCGCCCAUCGUCAAGAACCUCAAACGGAAGGACAACGAGUUUGUUUUUGAGUCGGAGAAGGAAGCUUCCGCCACAGCAAAACUACUUAAUGAAAUCCGAACCGGCGUCAAGCUGAAAAAAGUCAAGACUAAGGACAGGAGCAAGCCAAUGCUGGAAGGCCUGCGCAAGCUGAGGCGACAGAAGACGUCAGAGGCCUUCCUGAACCUGCCGCCCGAGGAGCUGAUCGACUCUGAACCGGAGGAGCUGGAUGACAUCGAUAAGGAGGUGGCGGCGGAGCCGAAGGCCAGCGAGGACAGCACUGGUGACCAGCAGGCUGCCGUCGCGGCGGCCCGGGAGGAGGUGGCGGCGGCCAGACGGUCGGAGAGGCAGUGGGCUGACCGGUGCCAGGCGGCCGAGCAGGAGCUGGCCGCGCUGCGUGCUCGGCUGGCCGGGGCUGGCGCACCGCAGACGAAACGGGCCUACCGGCCGCCGCGGCUCACGGUGCGCAGCCCGUACAGGAGGCGCACCUGGAGCCGGCCAAGGUGGUCAAGAGCAGGACUAAAGACAAGCUGUCCAAGACGGGCUCGCAGGGAAAGGUAAACAAGAGCGAGCCGGAAAAGCAGGCCGCCCAGGAGAAAGCGGGUGAGAAGAAGAAAGUGGUGAAGGAGCCACCAGGAAAGCCUGCCGACGAGAGUGAGGAAUCGUCUGAAGAGGAAGAGUCGUCGGAUGAAGAGACAGACAGUGAGGAGGAGAGGCGGAGGGAACUAGACCAGGAUAGGAAGAAGAAGCUGAGAGAUCUGAAAAUGUGCAAAAGUAAGGUUUGGCAUAUUAACACAAAGGAAAAGCAUGCCAAGGAAGAGAGAAUACACCUGAAGAACCGCAUUAAAACCCUUAACCAAAAUUUGAAAGACGAAAAUAAGAAGUACAAGGAACUGCAGCGUGAAGUAAAAAAGCUCGGGGCGAUGAUGAAAGGUAGCGACGAAGAAGGAUCUGAAGAAGAAGAUGAGGAAGACGAGGAGAGCGAACAGUCAUCGAGUGAAGAGUCAGAGUCUGAAACAGAUGAUGAGUCUUCCGACGAGUCGGAGACUGAUGACGAGACCCUGAACUUUGGAAGACAGAGUGCAAAAGAUGCAAGAGAGGUCCAAGCGCCACGAAAACAGCGAGAAGGCUGUCAAGAAAGGCAAUUAUAUGCUAAAGACAACUGCAGAGCGUCUGUUUGACAAGCUCCGACACGAAAAAGAAAAGUAUCGCGCAUUGGAACGAGAGCUAAACGAGCUUGUCAAUGACCUUGGGUAGCUCUUAAAUGCGCUUUGGUGCACGCUUUAUCGGCAUGUUUGAUAGCUAACUGGUUGUUUCAAUCAGUUAUAGACAGAUUGCAUGCAGGACCAUGUACUUGUUUUGUUCUAAAGCAAGGCCAACACAAAUUAUUGUCAUCUCCGGCGAAAUGUGUUCGUGCUGGUAAGCUGUAAGCUAACACGUGCGCUGAGUUUGCUUUGCCUUUGAAAGAUAAUCUAGUUUCUCGUGUUUAUUGCUCUCACAGGUAGCUCUAAACCAUUAUAUCACUUAUUUUAUACUGGUCUGCGUCUAUUUCGCAAGCCGUUGCUUAUUUUCUACGGUGGUACGCAAUAACCAUUGGAUCGGCAUUGGUCCAUGUGAGAAUAUAGAUCCUGUGCUUUCAAAUGAUUCUUCCAUCCGAUGGAGAAACACAAACUGGCGAACGGAAGGGCAUAGAAGUAUCGAUGCGUAAGUAUUUGUUGGCCAUUUAAGUAUACCCUUCAAAGGGUAUUUUUUGGAAUAAUCCAUGCAGUGCAUUGAUUACUCGUAGAUCGCAGCGGCGGUGGACAGUGCGUGUUUGCGGUGUUCUUCUUCAAUAAACACU